AUGAACUACAGUAACAACAACGAAUCAUCCAUUUCUUAUCCUGCCACCUGUAGGAGCUAUCUAGGUUAUCGACGUGUGGGGAUUCCGAAAAAAUGUAGAUGUGGAUGUGAUGUUGCUCUUCGCUCUUCACACGAUGGAAAAAAACUAUACAUAUGCACGGGAUGGAGAGCCAAACCUCAUAACGUGGUGGGACGAAACAGUUGUCGAGAGUUGGCCGAGUUAAAGGAUGAUCUUGCGGACUUAGACACACAGCUUAUCUACAUCAUACAGGAAGGGCAACGUAUCGACCAACCUGCAAGCGAGAUUGAAUGGCUAAAAGAAUCAGCCAGGAAACGUGAAGCCAAAUAUGCCUUACACUUCAAGCUGGCUGUGGCGUGUGGUCUCCUCGCAAGUCUCAUGGCUCUUACGGCUCCCUCAAGUAGUCUAGAUGUAACCCAGCUUGCACAGACAUUUAGUUUGUGCGAGUUAUCUAUUAUUCAUUGGCACGCAAAUGGCCUGUUCCAAAGUACUCUUAACAAUGUCGAUCUCUGUACGAGAUGA